GAUGACUCCAUGAUUCCGAUUCCCAUCAAAAUGUGCGCAUCUCUCUCAAUCGAAUCCCAAUUGCUUCUUGCAAUUUUCUCUCUCUAAGCGUUCAGGAAAACUCCAUUUUCCUGCAAAUCAUUUCCAUCUGAACAAAUCGCAAUCCCUAAUCCGCCAUCUUCCCCUCGAAUUACUCUCUUUUAUUAAGAUUCUGUUCGUCCAAUCUUCCAGCAAAUCUCCGAUUUAUAGUUUAACAAAUGGCAAAGGUAACAAGAGGAAGGCGUAGGAUGACCUCACGGCAGAGCAGGCACACUCCAUACCCUUUGCCGUCGGUGAACCAAAAGAAAUGCUCCAAUAAGUGUAAGAAAGACUGGGAAGAUGCUACAUGUUCGGUGUGCAUCGAAUGUCCCCACAAUGCGGUCCUCCUCCUCUGUUCUUCUCAUGACAAGGGCUGCCGUCCCUACAUGUGUGGCACCAGCUACCGUUAUUCAAACUGCCUGGACCAGUACAAAAAAGCAAACACAAAAGUCAAUUCGUCAAACCAACAGAACCAAUACAUUCCAAGUUCAACGGGUGGUGUCCCGCGCCCCCUCCUCUGCCCGGAUUGGGUUGAGGAGAAGUGUGAGAUAACUGAACUUGCCUGCCCGCUUUGCCGCGGGCAGGUAAAAGGAUGGACUGUGGUUGAAGCAGCCCGUAAACACUUGAAUGCCAAAAAGCGGAAUUGCAUGCAGGACAACUGUCCGUUUGUGGGGAACUAUAAGGACAUGAAAAAGCAUGUUAAGGUGGAGCACCCUUCUGCUAGGCCCCGCGAGAAGGACCCAGUUCUUGAACAGAAGUGGAGGCGGCUCGAGGUUGAGCGGGAACGCGAAGAUGUCAUGAGCACAAUAAGGUCUUCCAUGCCCGGGGCUGUCGUUUUCGGCGAUUAUGUCAUAGAAGGAAGCCCAUUUGGCUAUGGUUCAGAAGAAGAAGAAGAUGAUGAUGAUGACAGGGAUGAUGGGUUCAACGUGGUGGGCCGUGGUGGGAUGGGAGGGAAUUUGAUUAACGUGUUUCGCCUUUUGCAGGCAAUAGGUUCGGCUGGUGGGACCAUUGUUGGAUCAAAUAGAGGUUCAGAUGAAGGGUCCGGAACUGACCACAACCUGACAGUUGGUUUUGAUUAUUCAGAGCAAGAGAGUGAUGAAGAUGAAGAUGAUCGCAGCACAUCAUUGGCCGGGCGGCUUCGCCGCCAUGGGAGAGUCCUUUUGGGACGUUCGGGGAGGAGGCGGAGAUUGAGGGAGCUAAACGGCCGUGGCGGCAGACGAAGAUAGAGGUAGAUCCCUACCCUUAUCAUUGACAGUACAAAUGGGGAAGGAGAAAAUAAAACCAUCAUAAAAGUCGUUAGGGUCCUAAUUUGGUUAGCUUUUUUUUUAAAACCUAUGUUAUUCUGUACUACAACUAAUCUGUUUUUUUAUGAUCAUCCCAUCAUUUGAUUGGUGUUGAAUACUUUGGUGGAUUUGUAUGAUAUGGUUGUUGGGUUCAUGAACAUUUGUAGGGUCCCAAAGGAUGAUAUGUUCCUUUGUAGGGGUGGGUGUUUCUUAAGACUUGUGUUUCUGGUUCUCUCCUUCUUUGAGAUGAAGCAUUUACCUGUCAAUUUCACAAUUGAAUGAAUGAGUGAAUGAUUUAUUGCAGUGGUUUCUG